AUUCAUGAUUACAGUUAUGCUGAGUAAGCUAACCGGUUCCAGUAUUAUCUUGGUGCUUUAGGAUACAAGUCUUUAAAUAGUUUCGCAUAGUGAUAUUUCAGAGAGUUGAUGAAGAACAGCACGCAGCAGAAUUCGCGCAUAAUCUUGGAACAAAUAACAGAAGAUUGAAGAAAACGCCAUGUCCCUGAACAAGAGAAUUUCCUACGACGAGGAGAAGAAGAAAAAUCCCGAGUUGAAGGAUUCCGACAUACAAAUUUUGAAAGACUGGUGCGCGAAACAACCGCAUCUUCCGAAAAUCUUAGACAGUGAAUACGUAUUGUUUCUGCACAGCAAUUACUAUCGUAUCGAAGCUGCUAAGAAUACUAUCGAGGCAUAUUAUACAUCCAGGACUCAUCUUGUAGAAUUUUUCUCCGACAGAGAUCCACUUGGAACGAAACAGUUGAGAGAAGCAUUUAGAGUUACAGCACAGAUCACAUUGUCAAUGCCAACGAAAGAAGGAUACAAACUUGUCUAUGCAAGACUAAUAGAUUAUGAACCAUCGCAUUUUGUUUACAACGAUGCUAUAAAGUACUUUUGUAUGGUGAUGGAUAUGUGGCUGUAUACUGAAGGAACCGCCAAGGGCCAUAUAAUUGUCGUGGACAUGGAAGGUGUCACCUUGGCCCACGCUGGUCGUCUCAGCCCUAUAGGGAUUAAGAAAUAUCUUUAUUAUCUACAAGAGGCUAUACCAAUCAGACUCAUGGGUCUGCAUUUUGUCAAUACCAACGCGGUUAUGGAUAUUAUUUUGGCGAUGAUGAAGCCAUUCAUGAAGAAGGAGUUGAUGGACGUGUUGCAUAUUCAUCCAACAAAGGAUACGCUCGCGAAGUUUAUACCAUCGGAAGCGUUCCCGUGCGACAUAAGUUUAGGUGGAAAAGCUAAGCCGCUGAAAGAACAGCACGAGGAACAAUUGAAAAAGUUGGAGGAUUAUCGGGAAUGGUUUUUGAAAGAUGAAGCUACAGGUCGGGUGAACGAAGCUUUGAGAGUGGGCGAAAGCAAGACGAUGGAUUUGUUCGGUGUCGAAGGAAGUUUCAAAAAACUCGAUAUAGAUUGACUUGUUUUUCAAUUCCUUUACAUCGAGAAUGCAGCCAAUAAUCAAAUAUUAUUGAAAAUAUUACUUAAAAUCUCUUUGUUUUUUCGCGGUUAUAUUUGUUUUAAAUAUGUAAUGGUUCCAAUAUAUGUGCACCAUAAUCGUAAAGAGUAAAUAAAAGAUGCGACGCUUACAACGCAAUUAUAUGCUAGUAACAUAAAUAAGACGCAUAAUAACGAUGAUACCGAUAUAAUCUAAAGUUUAAUUUGGAUUCAUGAAUCCAAAACUAAAAGUGUUUUUGCAAGAGUAAUCCCCGAUUAUCUAGAGCAAGAUCAAAAGUUUUAUUCCAAAAUAAUAAUAUGCAAUAUAUGACAGCUAAAAUACACGCUAUAUAUAAAA